AUGCCCGUCACCCUCAAGGAAUUCGAGAGCGUCUUCCCGCAGCUUGUCGAGGACCUGCUUGCUCACUGCAAGCAAUACAGCCUUCCCGACAAUGCCCUCGUGUGGUUCAAGAACAGCUUGAACCACAACACUGUCGGCGGCAAAUGCAACCGCGGUAUGUCGGUCGUCGAUACCUCGUCCCUCCUGCUCGGCCGCGACCUGUCCAAGGAUGAAUUCUUUCACUCCGCCACUCUCGGCUGGAUGAUUGAGCUCCUCCAGGCUUUCUUCCUCGUUUCGGAUGAUAUCAUGGACAGCUCCAAGACCCGCCGCGGCAGCCCGUGCUGGUACCUCAUGCCUGAUGUUGGCAUGAUCGCCAUCAACGACGCCUUCAUGCUCGAGUCGGCCAUCUACAUCUUGCUGAAGAAGUACUUCCGCGAGAACAAGGAAAAGUACAUUGACCUUGUUGAGCUCUUCCACGAGGUCACCUUCCAGACCGAGCUGGGCCAGGCUUGCGACCUGCUCACGGCCCCCGAGGACAAAGUCGACCUCGACAACUUCUCGCUCGAGAAGUACACCUUCAUCGUCAUCUACAAGACCGCCUACUACAGCUUCUACCUCCCCGUUGCCCUUGCCCUGCACUUCUGCGACAAGGCUACGCCCAAGAACCUCCAGAUCGCGAAGGACAUCCUCAUCCCCAUGGGCGAGUACUUCCAGAUCCAGGACGACUACCUUGACAACUUCGCCGACCCGACGGUGCUGGGCAAGAUUGGCACGGACAUUCAGGACAACAAGUGCUCGUGGCUGGUCAACCAGGCGCUCAAGGUUGCCACGCCUGAGCAGCGCGCUGUGCUCGAGAAGAACUAUGGCCGCAAGGACAGCGCUUGCGAGGCCGAGGUCAAGAAGCUCUACGAUGAGCUGAAGCUCAAGAAGAUCUACGAGGACUACGAGGAGAAGCGCGUCGGUGAGAUCAAGAAGAUGAUCUCGGAGAUUGAUGAGAGUGAGGGUCUGAAGAAGGAGGUCUUCGAGGAGUUCCUCAGGAAGAUCUACAAGCGCAGCAAAUAA